UUCAAAUACGUAACAAAUUAAAAACCAUAUUGCAUAUAAUGACAAGUCACAAGUUGAUUGAACACUAGUUUAUCGCCGUUAAAUUUUUACACGUCAGCGCAGUCGUCUGCAAAGUCUGUCAAUGGCGAUUAUGAGAAGCACAUCAUUUGUUAAAAAAAAGACAAAAUUUUAUAACCAGUGAAUUCCAUCGUUAUUUUCUAAAUAACAACUAAAAAAAUAUUAAAUAACAAUAUGUCGGGCCAUUUCCAACCGCUUCGUUCCUCACGUGUGCUGCGCAAAAUUAAAGAGAUCAAUCAACCCAGCGGUGAACAAGUACUCUUCAACCGAAAUCCUCGCAAUCUAGAAAGAUUGCGUAUCGCACAUAAACCUACCGGUUAUUUUCUGGAGAAACCAGGACGUUCGUUUUGGCAUAAAUUAGAAUUGACAGUGAGUGGACGGUAUGUAACUGCAGAAGUGAAACAUUUCCAAAAUGGUCCUAUUAUCGGUGCAAGCACGUCAGAGUGGGCGAUUAAAAAACAACUUUACAAAACAGCAGAUACACCAGCAUUUGUAAAUCUCGCUCGUGUGCUAGCAAUGAGAUGUCUGCAAUCAGGAAUAACGGAAAUGACCAGCAACAUUGAAGCAGUGGCUGGCGGCAAAGUUGAUAAAUUCCUUAAGACCUUAGAGGAGAAUGGAGUUGAAUUACAAGAACCAGAACGCUAUGUUGCGCCACUACCUUGGGACGCGACGCGACAAGAGAAACCUUGGGAAGUUCAAGAGGAUCAUUUAGAACAAAAGCAGCAACAGAAGAAACAAGUUUCAACCAAAAAAUAAACAUACACUUUUGUAUUUUUCGUUUAUCAAUAAAUCGUUAAAUUUAUUCUA